GUUAAGAUAAAGAAAAUCCAAAAGCUGUACUUGCUGUGGCCAAAAUGUAUAAUAUGGGAUUAUAUAAGUAUAAUUGGGGUCAUCCUGUCUCUGCAAGUAAUGUCCUAAAUAAUGUCUUUGUCUUUCAUAACUUGGCAUGGAGGGAAUAACCAUGUGUGCAUUUGUAGGAACGCGGGCAAGGAAAGCUCGAAGGAACGUCUGGGCGGCUCGGUGCUCGAUAAGAUCCCCUUCCUGCAUGGCUGCGAGGACGACGAUGAGGACGACAGCGACGAGGAAGAUGACUUCCAAGGCAUGGCCACUGACUGCAUCGAUGGACCGCGCAAGAACAAGAAGUCUCGUGUAAAGAUGGGUUCAGAGCCCAUGACCACAGACCUGGACCCGGAGGACGAGGAGGACGAAGACGACUCGGAAGACGCCCUCAGUGAAUUUGACUUCCUGGGCUCGGGGGAGGAUGGGGAGGGGGCGGGAGAGGCCCGGAUCUCGGGGGACGGACGGGAGUUAGAGAACCGCAGGAACAAGUUACAAGGCAUGAUGUCGGACUUCCCCCCUAAACCUACCCCGCCCCCCACUGUACCAGGACAGGCUCGCUCCGGAGAAGGUGGUGCCCUGGGUUUUUCCUCUGACGUCUUCAUCAUGGAUGCCGUCGGAGGAGGGGACAUGAACCUGGGUGAACUGGCUGAUCUCACCGUCGCCAAUGACAACGAUCUCUCCAUGGAUAUGCAGGAUAACAGAGAGGAGUUUAAGAAGACAUGGAACCCUCGUUUUACACUACGCAGCCACUUUGAUGCCAUCCGCGCUUUGACCUUUCACCCCAGCCAGGCGGUGCUGCUCACUGCCUCUGAGGACGGGACACUAAAACUGUGGAACCUCAACAAGGCCAUGCACUCUAAAAAGAACGCAGCAUUGGAUGUUGAGCCCAUCUACACAUUUAGAGCACACAGUGGAGCUGUUCUGUCACUAACCAUGGGUGAAGAGGGAGAAUCCUGCUACAGCGGAGGUCUAGAUGGAACCGUCAGAUGUUGGAAGAUGCCUGACCUCAAUGUUGAUCCUUAUGAUAACUACGAUCCUGGCAUCGAGAGCAGCGUACUAGCAGGCCACGAGGACAGUGUGUGGGGUCUGACUUACUCGGCAGUGCACCACCGGCUCGCCUCAUGCUCAGCUGAUGGCACCAUUCGCAUCUGGGACCCUCAGAACUCGUCUCCCUGCCUGUCUGUCUUCAAUAAGGAGAGAGAGCACGGAACGCCCACCUCUGUAGCCUUUGUGGCCACUGACCCCAACCAGGUGGUGGUGUCGUUUGACGCCGGUGAGACGCUUCUCUACGACCUCAACACGGAGCAGAGCGUCACGGCACUAGAGACACAGACCAAGGAUGGCAGUGAGCUGAUCAACCGUGUGGUCAGUCACCCAUCUGAGCCCGUCUCCAUCACUGCACAUGAGAACCGCACCAUUCGGUUCCUAGACAACAAGACAGGUAAAGUUGUCCACUCAAUGGUGGCUCACUUGGAUGCGGUCACCUGUCUCACUACAGACCCUA